UUCUCCGAAUCAAACGUCAGAUUAUGUAUCUAAAAGUUAACAUAAUAUUCACAUAGAGAUAAAGAACAUUUUCAGAUUGAUACAACGGAAAAAAUAAAAUAAUCGCGAACGUCUGGAAGAAAAUGGACAAAAAUUUAAAUCAAUGACGUAUUUAUUGUCCGGAGAGUAUCUUUGAGUAAAAUAUGGAAUAUACCUUCAGGAAAUAAAACAAUCAUAUGUCGGAAAACCCUGAAGAAAGAUUCUGCGUAACUUUAGAUAUUGACAUACCUGAUCAGCGUGACCGAAAUGAAAUCGAAAAUGACGCGGGAAAUCUGGCCUUAUUACACCUAGAGGACAGAGAGUCCGCGAUAGAAAAUAAUCCACAAGUGACCAACGAUGACCAGGAAGAAUGCCAGGCUACAUUUUUCCUUGAGGAUGAAUUAAGUGACUCUGAAAAUAAAAAUGAAAGCAAUAAAGAUGGAGAGUGUGAGGGUCUGUUCAUAUCAGAAGAUGGGUCGACAGAAUGCCAUGGCGAUGGACAGGAAACAAAUGGAAACGACGAAAACCCUUCUACUGACGACAAUCUGGAAUUUCCGCAGUUUCAGGUCGUGUAUUCAGACAACGAAAAGUUUUCUGAUGAUGAUGAAUUGCCCGAUUCUCUUGCUCCGUUUCAGGACAGAGGACGACGCGAAUCCAAAUGGAGCGCGACAAUUUUGUUUGUGGCGUCAGAAGUUCAAUUGAUUAUAGACCUUGCCGAGUUUUGUCCUCCCGAGGGAUAUCUCACGGAGCCAUCAAAGAACAAAGGCCAAACGGAGCCUGACUGCAAUUCCAACAACAUGGAUAAUGGUGAAGCACUACCAAGUCCCUCAGACGACGCAACAUUUGAUGAUGUUGGACCUUUGAUAAAGAUGGACAAUUUGCAAAAUGGAAGGGACCAUAAUGAGGAUUCCAAAGAGAAAAUGCUCCCAGAAAAUAAUAAUAUAAAGAACAAAACUAAGUUGGAGCACUUUGUAGCACCUCCCAAGGAAAACUGGGGCGGAAGUGGAGACUAUCUACUGGCGGCGAUUGGAUAUUCCGUGGAUUUAUCUAAUGUUUGGAGGUUUCCCUACUUAGCCUACAAAAAUGGCGGCGGUGCAUUUAUCAUUCCAUAUUUCACGGUUCUCAUACUCGGCGCUGUCCCCGUCUUCUUUAUGGAACUUAGCAUGGGGCAGUUCAGCAAAGAGGGGCCCAUAAAUGUUUGGAACAACCUUGUACCCAUGUUCAGAGGUAUAGGUUUUGCCUCUUGUUGGAUGGCCUACAUCGUCGCUUUCUACUACAACAUGGUUAUCGCCUGGGCGUUCUACUACCUGUUCUCUUCUUUCUCUUGGAACACUCCCUGGUCAAGGUGUGACCACGAAUUUAACACACGUGACUGCUGGCAGUCAGACUGGGAUACCAAUCAAACACACUCAAAUAGGACCUAUAACUCCAGCACUGCUAUCUCUUCCUCUUACGAAUAUUUUGAACGAGGCGUUCUCAGUUUACACAAGAGUUCGGGAAUCGACAACCUCGGUGGAAUCAAAUGGGAAGUCGCUGGAUGUGUGGCCCUUACGUUCAUUAUUCUUUACCUCAGUUUGUGGAAAAGUGUUAAGAGUGCAGGAAAGGUCGUCUGGUUCACGGCCACAGUUCCUUACUUGAUACUCACUGCUCUAUUGAUUCGAGGCUCCAUGCUCCCUGGUGCAGGAGAGGGGGUCAAAUUUUUCAUCGUUCCAAACAUGAGCAGGCUCGCAGAAGUUCAGGUCUGGAUAGACGCUGCAGUGCAGAUUUUCUUCUCCAUCGGCGCUGGAUUUGGAACACACAUUGCAUACGCCAGCUAUAACAAGUUUAAUAACAAUUGCUACAGGGAUUGUCUCAUAACAGCAUCCGUAAACUGCAUUACCAGUAUCUUUUCUGGUUUUGUCGUGUUCACAUACCUUGGGUACAUGGCUCAAAAACAGCAAAAAGACAUCAGGGAUGUCGCACAAGAUGGCCCGGGUCUCGUUUUCAUCGUCUACCCAGAAGCCAUUUCUACACUUCCGGGAUCGUCAAUAUGGGGAAUUCUGUUCUUUUUCAUGUUAAUUACGCUCGGUUUGGAUAGCGCGUUUGGCGGCUUAGAAUCUCCGUUGACGGGUCUCCGGGAUCAAUUCUACAGGGUAUUUAGACACCGGUGGGCACGGGAAGUUUUAACCUUCUUAAUUGUCGUCAGUGCCUUCCUUUUCUCCAUUCCAUGUAUGACUGUAGGAGGUAUGUAUGUGUUUAAAAUACUGGAUACAUUCGCUGCCGGCACUUCCAUCGUUUUUGCCAUUCUAUUUCAAGUCAUCGCCGUUUCCUGGUUUUAUGGGGUGGAUCAGUUUUGCUCGGACAUUUAUCAGAUGACAGGCCAUAGACCAGGGCUGUAUUGGCGAGUGUGUUGGAAAAUCCUCAGUCCUACAUUCCUAUUGAUAAUUGUGAUAUCAAGCUUUUCUCAUUAUCGACCACUGACUUAUAAGGGCAGUAUGGGCGUGUACACCUAUCCUUCGUACGCUAACGUCAUAGGAUGGGGCGUGGCUCUUUCCUCAAUGCUCCUGAUACCAGGUUAUGCAGUGUAUCUCUUGCUGUCCACUAAAGGAACUUUUAAACAGAGAUUGGCAAAGUGCAUAACCCCAAAAAGAGAUCACGAGGAAAUCACAAGAACCAAUGACGUCAAACGUUUCAGGCAUGGCAAAGCAGACCCCCCGAGGCGACAAACUGGCCGACGAAACCAGUACGCUUAUGACAAUCCCGCAUUAUCUGAAACGGCUUCUACCCCUAGUAUCUUCACAGUGGAGAGCUCAAGCUCACUCGUACACAAGGACGGUGUCUCACUCGACUUGUACCCGGCGCUCCGGAGAAACUCAUUCGAAUCCGCUUUGGAGACAGGAAGUAGAAAAAGUUGGCGAGAAUCAACGGAAAGAAUGUCGGAGGAUCCUGCCAAAACGGCUGGUACGUCUACGGACGCCCUCAUUGCAACGGAAAAUGGAGAAGGUCCGAAAGAAUCUAAAGAAGAGAGGGAAACUUGGGACAAUAAAGCUCAGUAUAUCCUAGCAGUCGUUGGAUACGCUGUAGGAUUGGGAAAUGUUUGGCGUUUUCCAUAUUUAGCACAGAAAAAUGGUGGCGGUGCUUUUCUCAUACCGUACACAAUCAUGUUGGCGAUUGAAGGCGUUCCCAUCUUUUACUUGGAGCUUGCAGUGGGUCAGCGCUUGCGUAAAGGUGCCAUUGGCGCCUGGAACCAAAUAUCGCCGUAUCUUGCUGGUAUCGGAAUAGCUAGUGCUAUGGUUUCCUUCUGGGUCUCGUUGUAUUAUAAUACUAUAAUAGCCUGGUGUCUGUAUUAUCUAGUCAACAGUUUCCAGUCUCCCCUGCCGUGGGCUGAAUGUCCUGGAAAUGUCACGGAGUGUUCGAUGAGUGGCUCAACCACAUAUUUCUGGUAUAGGGAAACUCUCAACAUCUCACCUUCCGUUGAUGAACGCGGGACUUUGAACUGGUGGAUUGUGGUCAGUCUAUUAGCAGCCUGGCUAAUUGUUUUCCUGUGCAUGGCAAAAGGAAUAGCAUCUUCGGGCAAGGUUGUGUAUGUCACGGCAACUUUUCCAUAUCUGGUGCUCCUUAUUUUUUUCUUCCGUGGUGUGACGCUUGAGGGGUUUGAAGAAGGAGUGAAACAUUUUUUCGUCCCGGAUUUUUCACGUCUUGGAGAUCCGCAGGUGUGGUUAGAGGCCGCAACACAAAUUUUCUUUUCUCUUGGUGUGGCUUUUGGGGGCUUGAUCGCCUUUUCCUCCUACAUGCCAGUUCGAAACAACUGCUACAGAGACGCCAUCUUAGUUUCUGUCGUAAACUGUGGCACUUCCGUCUUUGCAGGAGUAGUAAUUUUCUCAAUUCUAGGAUUCAAAGCAACACAGAGUUUUAAGGCCUGUAAUGCCCAGAACGAUUUGUUAUUGAGCCAAAAUAUGACAACAGGUUUCUUGGCAUGUGACAUCAAAACAGAGAUACAGAAGAGCGGAUCAGGAACAGGCUUGGCUUUCAUUGCCUUUACAGAGGCCAUUAACCAGUUGCCCGCUGCCCCCGUGUGGUCAGUGUUGUUCUUCCUGAUGUUGCUGACCCUCGGACUGGACAGUAUGUUCGGAAUGUUAGAGGGGGUCGUCACCUCUAUCAUCGACAUGAACCUCGUCAAAAACCUCCGUAAAGAAGUGUGUGCAGCUGUCCUUUGUUUGGUUUCCUUACUGAUCUCCUUCUGCUUUGCGGAUUCAGCGGGCCCUUACAUUUUUGUUCUGUUUGAUGAAUACAGUGGAAAUAUCCCUCUCCUUAUCAUCGCCCUUGGCGAACUCCUCGGACUGACGUACGCGUACGGACUAAAAAGGUUUGGUGACGACAUUGAACUAAUGACAGGACAAAGACCUAAUUAUUAUUGGUUGAUUAUGUGGAAGUACGUAUCUCCGUUGGUCAUCAUCGUCAUUUUCCUCGCAAGUUUUAUCAAAUCCAUGAUCAGCAGCGCGACGUAUGAGGCAUGGAUUCCAUCCAUAGCGGAUAAUGUAACAACAGAGUGGCCAGCAUGGUGCAAGUUUAUAGCAGCAAUGUUAAUUAUCAGCGCCAUGGGGUGGAUCCCCCUAGCUGCAAUUGUGAAAAAAUUCAAUCUUGUAAAAUGGGAACCGGAAACGCCAGCGGAGUUUCCGGAAGAAGAACUUGUUGCCGAGAGGGGAAUAAAACCUCAUAUACCAUCUGACAGAGAAAGGAAAUGGCUUUACUGCUGUUUUUGUCAAACUACCCAGGCAGCGGACCCCUAUGGAUACAGAAUCCAUCAAUUUGACGGUCAUUGUAACCCCGAUGGUACCUGCACCUAUACCCUGACCAUACCGGUCAAAGAUUCCCUCGUGAAUCCUCACGUCAUGGACAACUCCACUGCCUCAGCUAUGGUGGAACACCUUGCCAACCACGACAAACAGAUUGACCAGAUUCUGGGCCUUUUUGGCCACAAUGUCUCCACUACUAUGAAUCUCAUUGAAGAAGUCAGUAAGCUGAAGAAAGAAGAAGACAAUUUGAACGGCCUGGUCAAAAUUUUAACGGACGAGGUCCACAAUCUGUUGACAGAGAACGGAGUUUUGAAAAAUCAGCUAGCAUAUGUUAACCAAACAGUUCUUACAAAGCUUUCAGAUCCAUGUUUGGUGCGUCCAUGUGCACAUCAAGCCAAAUGUAUAGCCUUGUCCAACGGAAAUUUCACCUGUGAUUGUCCACUCGGAUACAGAGGACAAACCUGUGAAGAAGACGUCAACGAAUGCCACACAACUGGAAUCUGUGGACACGGAAGCUGUACGAACAUCUACGGAGAUUAUGUCUGUAACUGUAACCCAGGAUACACAGGACCAAACUGCACGAUCAACAUAGAUGAAUGCGCAUCAAAUCCUUGUGAAAAUGGCGCCUCUUGUGAAGAUUUGAUCAACAUGUAUCUUUGUCACUGUGCCCCGGGAUUCUCAGGAAUCCACUGUCAAAUGAACAAUGAUGAAUGUGAGAGCGAUCCAUGUUUAAAUGGAGGAUUUUGUUUGGAUGAUAUCAAUGAUUAUUAUUGCGUGUGUGCUCCAGGAUGGAAUGGAAAAGACUGUGAAAAUGACUUUGACGAAUGCCAGAACAACCCUUGUGUACAUGGUAAAUGUGUGAAUGAUAAUGGUACGUUCCACUGUGAAUGUAACUCACCUCUCAUCAAGGGAAAACUGUGCGACGAGGCUCCCAACAGAGACUGCGCUGAUUUGAAGGCUUUCUGGAAUAUGAACAGAGACGCCGUGUAUACUGUGAGGGAACCAAACAAGAUGUUAACUCUAGCCGUCUGCGACAUGGAUACAGACAAUGGCGGAUGGACCGUCUUCCAAAGACGUGUAGGAAGUGUUGUAAAUUUCAACCGGAACUGGAAUGACUACAAAGAAGGUUUCGGAAAUCUUGGCGCCAGUUUCUGGUGGGGCACGGAAAGGUUAUUCAACGUGACAAACAAUAGAACCAAUCUGGUGCUGAGAAUCGACAUGAUGGAUUGGGACAAUAAUACAGCAUAUGCAGAAUAUGAUAAUUUCUCGGUCGGCUCCGAGGCCGAGCAAUUUAAACUGACGGUUGGUGGAUAUAGAGGAACCGCCGGAGAUGCCUUGAAUUUUUACUGGAAGGUAUUUUCACAUAACGGAAUGAAGUUUUCCACAAAGGACCGUGAUAACGAUAACUUCCGGACAAACUGUGCGCAAGUCUAUCAUGGAGGAUUCUGGUAUAAUGGCUGCUGGGCGGCAAAUUUGAACGGAGUUUAUUAUCACACGCCUGACUACAACAGCUCGAUCCAUGACGGAUUAGAAUAUUUCACCUGGAAAAGAACUAAAUACUCCCUAAAGAUGGUGGAGAUGAAGUACAGAGCUGCCGAUAUAGUUCAAUCUAACAAUACAGCUACAUUUACAUAAAAAAUAUAACUUCACAAUUUUUAGAUAUUAAAUAUGUUUUCCAG